CUGGUCCCAUCCAGCUGGGUCCAGCCCCAAACCCUGCCCCAAAGGGGCUAAAAGUUUGUUCUAUUAACCUUUGGAGAGAACUCUGAAACCUGAAGAAGCAUCUGAGCCUUGUCUUCUCUGCACCCUGGAAGCAAGAAACAAGGAAGAAAAUAAUAACUUAGAUGGGCCUGGAACUUCAACAGUGAGCUGUACCUCAACCUGAGCACCAUGUAUCUUUCUACUCAGCUCUGUGUCCUAGUGCUAACUGGCUCAGUGCUUCUCAGUGUCUUCAACAGUUUGGAAGCUACUAUCAUUGUUGAUGAAGACCAAGUCCUGGAAGCAAAGAAGAACUUGACUUGGCUGAUAGACCAGGAGCAGGUCACAUCUGGGGAAAAGAACCUCGUGAGAAAUUUUAAGGAAUGGCAGAACAGCUCCGACCUCUUCCAUAAUGUCUCCUACCAACACCUGCCUGUAAUCCUGUCCCAAAAGAAGAAGCCAUUGCCUACAGGACUGUCCUCCAAGCAGGGGAUAUGCCUCGUGAGUAAUCUGCAGUCUGUGUUCAGUGCUUCCUCCAAGGCUGAACUGAGGUACUUCACGGCCUUGGUCCACCUCUCUGAUCCUGACCCUAACUUACUCAGACAGAUGAGCAUCAGCGUGAGCAGAAUCUUUGCUCCGCAAAUCCUCCAAGGACGGCUGCUGGUGAUCCACACAUUUCUUGCUGCUUAUCUCUCCGCGGGGAACCUGAGCAACAACGUUGGUGUGCCCUUCCUCGUCCCUAUCCUGUUUAAAUAGAUUGCAGGCUAUGCCUUCCUUAUGGACUUUGCUGCCAACCUCUCUGAUUACUUUCUGAUGAUGGAGCACGAUAUCCACUGAUCUCCCAACUUUAUCUCUGCCACACAAGUGGCAGUGAUCUGAUGAUCUGGUCAUCUGGAGGAAUAGGCCCUGGGUGAUAAUGGAAUUUGCUAAGCGGGGCUUCACAAGCAAGCUCUGCCUCUCCAGUGACUUUCCGCAUCUAGCCUCUUUCUUCCUCUACUAUCAGAGAGUGCCCCCUGAGAAGCUCUUCUCUAGCUUCUACAAGAUGCUAGCCCAGGAAAAAACCAUCCAGUUUAGGCCUUCACUCUCCCAGGCCAUGGACUUCUCCAUUCAGGAAGAUCCCCUUUCAUGAAGUCAGUGCCUUAAAACCAGAGGACAAUUUCCAAGAAAAGGAUUUUGGAAAACCUAACAACCCACCCGCAUUCAUCUACACUGACAUGCAGACUUUUAAAGGCUAUCUACCUGAGAAAGGCUACAGCCUGGGAGAUUUCUUCUGGGUCCUGAAGCCUAUGGUAGGCAACCACACUUGACUGUGAUUUUUGGAGGAGCCAGUUAAGAUAAGACAAGUUUUGACAGGCCCAGAAGAGGAGCUAGUGUUCCUACUUGGGGAAAAGAUAGAGCUGAGCUAUAUAAUCCCAGUGAAAUGUCAAAGACAUGCCAAAGAAAAUGGGAAAUUUGAUCAUAAAAUGUCCAAAGAAAUGGAGAACAGGGUGGAACAGCCUGAGGCUAGUGGUGACAACCACCUGGAUGACUGGAUUGUGUUCAAACAUACAAAGAUCUGGACAGCCUGAGGAACAGUGGGAGAUGGAGGGUAUAAUGAAGAGACAAAGAAGGGCCCAGUCUGCAGACUGAAAUGACAGAGGUGACAGAAAAUUAAAACACUGAAAAA